AUAAAAAAAAAAAGUCCUAACCACUGCGGAAGACAGUAGACACGUGACCAUCCUCCAGCACGCAUGCUCAGUAGAUGUCCUCCCAGAUCAGUAAGACGACGGAAAGGCAAAUGAACCGAAAUUGGACGGAAGAAGAAAAAUCGACCGACGGAAACGUUUAAAGAAAACAAAUAUAAACAACGUAAACAAAAGUAAGAUAAACGUACGAUGAGUAAGAGUAAAAGUUACACUCAUUACGACGGUAAAAUAGCCGGCCUCUAUGAUCUGGGCGACACUCUUGGCCGCGGCCAUUUUGCUGUUGUCAAAUUGGCCAAACACGUCUUCACCGGAGAACAAGUUGCAGUCAAAGUGAUCGACAAAACCAAAUUAGAUGAAGUGUCCAGAGCCCAUCUGUUUCAGGAGGUCCGGUGCAUGAAGCUCGUGCAGCAUCCCAACGUGGUUAGAUUGUAUGAGGUCAUAGACACUCAGACCAAACUCUACCUGAUCCUGGAGUUAGGAGACGGUGGUGAUAUGUACGAUUAUAUUAUGAAACACGAAAAGGGAGUCGACGAGGAAACUGCCAAAAAAUAUUUUAGGCAAAUAGUCCAUGCCAUAUCGUAUUGCCAUAGGUUGCAUGUUGUACACAGAGAUUUAAAGCCAGAGAAUGUUGUCUUUUUCGAAAAAUUAGGUAUGGUUAAAUUGACUGAUUUCGGUUUCAGUAAUAAGUUCUGCCCCGGACAGAAGUUGGAGACUUCCUGCGGUUCCCUGGCUUAUUCGGCGCCGGAGAUACUGCUCGGCGAUUCCUACGACGCUCCCAAAGUUGGUAAGUUUAUCAGAAUCCGGUUAAUAAUAAGUUUUGACUCGUCUUUUAGAAUUAUUUAUAAUGUACGCGUAUGUUCGGCAAGAUUCUAAAAUGUUUUCCCUCCAGGGUAUUUACGGUAAACAUUACGCAUGCUUAAUAUGUUACGUAGGAUUCAAGUUUAUAUAUAGAAUGAAAUGCUGAGGAUUUAUUCAGUGAAGCCAAAUAGUUACGUCUAAUUGUUAAUGACGCGCGUGUUUGUUUACUUACAUUUAAGCUUAGAUAUUUAAUAUUGCUGCUGUGACAGAUCUUUGCUUGAAAAUACAGUAGUUUGUAAUUCAUUAUAAAAUAUAAAUUUAAAGUUUUAAUAUUUAAAAAUGAUCUUAUU